UGUUGCUGCUGCAGUGUCUCACGUUUAAUCAGCUGAAUCUUUCUCUAACGCAACCGCAGAUGUUAUCAAAGACCUGCUAAAUACCUUCCUGUGUCCUCUUAACCCUCAGUUUCUGCUCCUCAAAAGUCAGGAAACAGCAGGGUUGAGAAAAACUCCUCAGGUUCCAGCUGAAGCCAUAAUGCAAAGUCUCCACUAUGUCAAGUUUAUGAGGAGACUGUGGGGUCCAGCACAAGCACACCGGCUUCUUAAAGUGACAGGCAUGCACAGAUCUGGCUGUCAAAUGCAACACAAAAAGGCAAUGGAGGACAACAAGCCAUGGGCUCUGAUCUCAGAGGUGGGCGAACAAGGUUACAUUGAAGAAGUCACUGACAUAAUGAAAAAACACUUUCAAAUCAUCUGCCACAAAGACUUCCUUCAAAACCCCCAGCUGCACGGCCCUAAAAUCCAGGCCAUGUUUGUGUGGAAUGCAUUUCCUGAAGCUGAGCCUGCUCUGCUUGGAUCACUUCCCUCCCUGAAGGUGGUCGCCAAUGGAGGAGUGGGCAUCGACCACCUGGAUGUGCCGUACAUCAACAGCCUCGAAGUGAAGGUGACCAACACGCCCGAUGUGGUGACCGAUGCAACUGCGGAUAUGGCACUGGGUCUGCUUCUGGCAUCUGCAAGGAAGAUAGUUGAAGGUCACCAAAUAGCUGUGAACCCCAAGACCACCCAUAUACCUCAAAGCCUCAUGGGAGUUGAAGUUGCAGGGUCCACUAUGGGGAUUAUUGGAAUGGGACGCAUUGGCUGCAAAAUCGCUCAAAGAGGCAAAGGGUUUGACAUGAAGAUCCUGUAUCACAACAGGAACAGGAGGAGUGUUGAAGAUGAGCAGGCAUUGGGGGCGAGUUACUGUGAGAAUAUGGAUGACCUGCUGAAAGAGUCGGACUUUGUCGUGCUGGCGGUCAACCUUACCCCUGAAACCACAGGCCUGAUCAGCCACAGAGAGCUGUCCCUCAUGAAACGCACAGCAACAUUGGUCAACGUCAGCAGAGGUCUGGUUGUGGACCAGGAUGCUUUAGUCAAAGCUUUGCACUCUGGAACGAUUCAUGCGGCAGCGUUAGACGUAACUCACCCUGAACCUUUACCAAGGGAUCAUCCUCUUCUUAGCCUCCCUAAUGUGCUGAUUACCCCCCACGUUGGCACCAACACUUACACUACAACAAGAAAGAUGGUUCAGAAGAUGGUAGAAAAUGCUGUGGCUGCAGUGAAAGGCCAACCUGUUCCCAAUGAAGUCAAACCAAAUUGAUGUCACUGAUGGUACCUCAUCUGUCAGUAGUAAGAAGUGUUUUCCUACUGCAAGAUGAAGUACUUUUAUCUUUCAGAAAUUGUUUUUGGUUGUACAGUGUUCUGUACAAUUACCUGCCAUUACUACCACUACUGCUAUAAUGAUAAUGUAUGUUACAUUAAGAGAACUAGUGUAACAAUUAGCACUAUGUUUGUAUGAAAUUACAUGAUGAUUACAACUUUUUUUUUACAACUGUUUUGAACAGUUGAAUGUUUCUGAACAUGCUGCACAAUCUAAAUAAAAAAAGAUGAUAAAGUU